GUUAUUUGUGUCGAAUUCGCUAAAGGUUUGAUUCGGCAAUGAUCUAUGCCGUCAGGGCUAGAAUAGACGGAGCAGUAGAGAUGCAAAAUUCGUACUGAACUGUGAGAGUGAAACGAAGUUUCCCGGAACGACCUCGGUCGGAACGCGGUGGUCAUUUGGGCGAGGCUGAGAACUCGCUCAGCGUCAUUUGGUCUUGUGUGAAUCCGACCCAGCAAACGUUUCAGGAUGUCAUACGAAAGUAACACGGAGUCGAAUGGAGACAAAUCGUUGGCAAGUCAAGGAUACAGGAAGAUUAAGAGGAAGACGGUGUACGAGGAACUGGUCCAGAGCGAACCUAGGUUGAUGACAUCAGUACAAUGCUUGCUCGAAAGCUAUGUGCGGACUGAACGGAAAAUCCGUAAAACAGAUUGUCCCCGGACGCAUCACACCAUGGAACAGACAUGUCGAACAGCAUUCGAAAUACUCUCACGCAUUAAAGCGUGCCGCCUUGGCGCUGAUGAUAUCCGUGAGAACCUUGAGAACCUUGCCUGCUUGUACGACUAUCUCGCCAAAGCCACUCCUGGACCAGCUUGUAACCUUGCGCAUAGAAUUCGGCGACUGAUCCUUGUUCUCGAAUUGGUGGCCGGCAAAAUGGAACAGGCCUACCAUAUGCCAGAAACAAACUGGACAGCUGUGCGAAAACAUUUUGAAAGAGAGGCAGCUAUGCUUGAAAAUUAUGAGGAGAAAUUAGUGGUGCCUGAAAUGAACAUGAUUCGAGGCGACCGACUGUUGGGCGCCGGAGGAUUUGGUGUCUGUUACAAAGCAACGUUUGCCAACGUCAUACCGUGUACGGUAAAGUAUAUCAAAAAGGAAAUGUUCGGCCAAGUGCGGUUUGCUUGUGUCGACAAGGUGGUCGCAUCAAUGACCAAUCACCCUCUAGUUGUAAAAUACUUUGCAUGUUUCGCGGCGGAGAAAGGUUACAUCACCGUUAUGGAAUAUAUUCGGGGUGUGGAUCUCGAACGAGUGACAAAAACCACCAAGGGUAAAGGCCUGCCUAUGGCCGUGUUGAGGCCGAUCUUGGCUCAGCUUGGCAUAGCAACACAGUACCUUCAUUACAAAGGUUUCAUACAUCGCGACAUUAAGCCGUCAAAUCUUCUCAUCACGGCAGAUUGCCAGUUGAAGAUGAUCGAUUUCGACACGGUGAAAAUUUGCAUUGGAUUAUUCCCCGAACGAAAACUGCGCACCUUUUUCCGUCGCACAUUCAUUGAAUUCAACGAUAAAGAAUCCGCUGGUACGCUUAACUACUUCCCGCCAGAGUUCUUCAAAAUGGUGCCAUACGGGCGAGCCUGUGACUGGUGGGCUGUGGGCGUCAGUGCUUACCAAAUGGCCUUCGGUCGUAUGCCUUUCCGAGGCAGCGAUGACAAGAAGCUCGAGGAGAAGAUUCGCGCUGUAGAUUAUCGAUUUCCUAAAAAAAAAUGCUCAACAGAGCACCUCACAGAAGCAAAGGAUCUAAUAACUAAGCUUCUGAGAAAGAAAACCUCUGAACGAUUAUGUUCCCAUAAGUAUUCAGAUUACUUAAAUCAUAAGAUCUUCGAAGGACUGGAUUUCGAGAAGCUCGAAAAAGGCGAACAAUCCAUAAGCUAUGCAGGAAUAACUGACUUGAUGGCAAAGAGUGGCAAAACCUAUUCUCCGAAAGCAUCGGGAAGUCUUGAACAAGAAAAGGACAACUAUAUACGACCAGAGAAGAUCAAGGACGUGAAGGACCACUGUGCACUACUAACUUUCGUAUCGAAGCAGUUCCAAGAUAUUGUUAUCAAGUCAAAAAAAAAACUGUCGAUAAACCUCGAGGAUAUGCGAGAUUCACCAGAGGUCUGGAUAACGCGUCCUCGCUCAGAUGGUCAAAGCAUGUUAGACGAACAGGAUGACAUUGACCAAAUAUCGCCGAAUGAUUAUCGCUUCCGAGAAUUCAUCAAGGAACAGACGUCAGAGCCGGUCAAUUGAGCGUCCCCAGAUGCCGCUGUGUUUGAGCCUCAACCAUGCCAAUUCAAUUGAAAGGACAGAUUCUCCUGGCCAGGAGCUGAUCCAGUCAACCAAACUUGCGAACUUAAAACUAGAUCGCGUUCGAUUUGACCGAAACUUCUACUUUUUUCGAGUGUGCCUUGUACUUUGUCUUGUCUAAAUGAGUAUAUCUUGUACAACGUUGUAGACAAACGCCUCUCCGCGCACUCACUGCGGCCACCUGAAUUUGUUUAGUAAACCUCUUUUGGCGUUUCAUAGUAUUCACAGAAACAAUUAUAGUAACAACAACAACAACAAUCGUGAUGACGGCAGGAAAAACGCUGAUGAUAACAUGAUGAAUCGAACAACAGGCCAAUAGUUUACUAUAGAGCGAUAUAAAAUAAUGAAAACUAAAGAAUACUGCUGCUUUUUCGAAAUAACUAAUGUAGUUUUCCUUCUAUUAGGGCUCUGCUCCGUCUGGUCGAGCCUAUCAGUGCGCCAAACCGAAAAGAACUUGAGAAUCGGUCAGGUUUUUCAGGCAAGAGGCAGAAACCUAGUAAGUAGGUUUUUUUUUUUCUAACGGGCUUUCUGCUGUAGCGCAGUGAAGAGCGACUGUAGAUUGCUGAUAUUUGAGGCUAAUUAAAUAAUGUGGUAAAACACCGAUUCGAUAUAAAAAUUACUGUUAGAUCUUAAACUGGGGUCGACCCAAGCAACUUGAAGAGCUGGACAAGAUAUCGGGAGGUAAACAAGAACGAUGGCUAUGGCAAGUCCCAUUUGGGAUACUACACGAACGGUUUUGUAG